GCGCAUGGAGGGCGCGGCGGGCGAGCGGGCGCCGCUGCUGGGCGCGCGGCGGGGGGCGUUCGCGGGCCGGCGGGCGGCGUGCGCGGCCGUGCUGCUGACGGAGCUGCUGGAGCGCGCCGCCUUCUACGGCGUCACGGCCAACCUGGUGCUGUUCCUGAACGGCGCGCCGUUCGGCUGGGAGGGCGCGCAGGCCAGCCAGGCGCUGCUGCUCUUCGUGGGCCUCGCCUACCUGGUGUCGCCGUUCGGGGGCUGGCUGGCCGACGCGCAGCUGGGCCGCGCGCGCGCCAUCCUGCUCAGCCUGGCGCUCUACCUGCUGGGCAUGCUGGCCCUGCCGCUGCUGGCCGCGCCCGCCCCCCGCGCCGCGCUCUGCGGGGCCCCGCGCCCCACGCGCGUCCGCAACUGCUCCGCGCCGCCCUGCCCCGACGCGCCCGCCCGCUACUGCGCCCCGGCCGCGCUCUCGGCGCUGGCGCUCGUCGGCCUCGGCGUGGGCGCCGUCAAGGCCAACGUCACGCCCUUCGGGGCCGACCAGGUUAAAGACCGAGGUCCAGAAGCCACGAGAAGGUUUUUUAAUUGGUUUUAUUGGAGCAUUAAUCUGGGAGCAAUCAUUUCACUGGGAGGCAUUGCCUAUAUUCAGCAGAACGUGGGCUUUGUGACUGGCUACCUCAUCCCAGCUGUCUGCAUUGGCGUGGCUUUCCUGGUCUUCCUCUGCGGCCAGAGCGUCUUUAUCACCAAGCCUCCCGAUGGCAGUGCCUUCACCUAUGUGUUCAAGAUACUGGCAUAUUCGUGUCGUCCCCAGAAGCGAAUCGGAGAACACAGUCAGAGUGGUGAAGGCCUUGGAGUCCUUCAGCACUCUUCUAAACACAGUCUGUUUGAUUCAUGUAAGAGGUCUCGUGGAGGGCCGUUUUCAGAAGACACAGUGGAGGACGUGAAGGCCCUUGUGAAGAUCAUCCCUGUUUUCUUGGCUUUGAUACCGUACUGGACAGUGUACUUUCAAAUGCAGACAACGUAUGUUCUGCAGAGUCUUCAUUUGAAGAUUCCAGCAAUAUCCAGUAUUACAGCCACUCCUCAUACGUUCCCCGCGGCCUGGCUGACCAUGUUCGACGCGGUUCUCAUCCUCCUGUUAAUUCCCUUGAAGGAUAAACUGGUUGAUCCCAUUCUGAGAAGACAUGGCUUACUCCCGUCAUCCCUAAAAAGGAUCGCUGUUGGAAUGUUCUUUGUGAUGUGUUCUGCCUUUGCUGCAGGAAUUUUGGAGAGCAAAAGGCUGGACCUUGUUAAAGAGAAAACCAUCAAUCAGACCAUCGGAAAAGUGGUGUAUUAUGCUGCUGACCUGCCAAUAUGGUGGCAGGUCCCACAGUAUGUGCUGAUUGGCAUCAGUGAGAUAUUCGCCAGCAUAGCAGGUCUAGAAUUUGCCUAUUCAGCUGCCCCCAAAUCCAUGCAGAGCGCCAUAAUGGGCUUGUUCUUCUUCUUCUCUGGUGUUGGCUCGUUCGUGGGCUCUGGACUGUUGGAGCUGGUGUCCAUCAAAGCCAUCGGGUGGAUGAGCAACCACACAGACUUUGGCAAUAUCAAUGGCUGCCAUCUGAACUACUACUUCUUUCUCCUGGCUGCGAUUCAGGGAGCCACCCUCCUGCUUUUCCUGAUUGUUUCUGUGAGGUACGACCGGCAACGGUCACGGGCAAAUGGGGUACCUGCCAGCAGGAGGACCUGAUACCCCCGAGGCCAUGUCUGGUGGACCGUAGGUGGCCAUGCACCAAGCAGGAGAUGCUUCUCCACCUUCCUGACCGUGCACAUGCGGCACCUAGACUGUUUGUCGUGUUCUCCCAGAUGAGCUGGGUAAGUGCCUUUCUGUGGUCUCCCAUCACACGGGGCCCCCUGGAGCAGACGCGAAGCUCCUCCUCAACAGAAGCUGUGGCAAGGUGAUAGGGGCUCGAGGAGACUGCGAGUGUGUUGGUCGGUGUCUUCCCGUGUUAGACGAGGGUGACCAUUCCCUCCCCGCAGACAGGAUGAUCUCACUUUUUUUUUCCCCUUUUCAUUAAUAAACAUCUUAUCUUGAGAAAUAGGAGGGCUUUUUAAGAGAUAAAAAUGUAAUCUGAUGCUGCAGAGAUUUUGUGUGAAGGUCUCUCAUAAGCCACCAAUCUUGCCACUGCUGGCUUGUCAGCGCAGGCUGGUACUGAGCGUAUUUCAUCUGCUGCUUCAGAAAUGACUUACCUUUUCAACUCUUGACGUUGAAUUUUUUUCUUAAGAGCUUGCAUCAGGACCUAUUUAAGACCAUGUGUCCUAACUAAGCUACAAAGCAACUUACAGGGUAUUUUAAACCUUGCUUAGUCUGUCCUUCUGUGACAUUUCCUUUUGGAUGCCAUUGAGCUUGAAGACCAGUCAUGGAGAAAUGUUACCUUACUUUGAACAGAAUUAGUGUCAUUCAAGACCGUUGGCAGUGUUAAACGUUAGCUGUGAAUUUCAACUGUGUGAUAGUCACCGGCUUUUGUAUUGUUCUCUUACAUGGAUGUGGGGGUUCUAAUUUUGUCAAAUAAACUGUUCUUUAUCUGUUGCUGUA